AUGUCCGGCGACGCGCUGCUAAGCGAUCUGUGCGGCAUCUGCAACACGGCCACAUCGAAAUACCGCUGCCCGGGUUGUGCUGCGCGGACUUGCUCGCUGCCCUGUUACAAGCGUCACCAGACGUGGGCGCAAUGCGGCGGGAAACGGGACCCCACCAAAUAUGUGAAAAAGUCGCAGUUGGCUACUCCCGCCGGCAUCGAUCAUGACUUCAACUUCCUGACCAAUGUCGAGCGCGGCAUAGAGAAGGCGGAGAAAAGCCUUCCACAGGGAGACGUCGGCACUCCACCGCAUGUCCGAGGUACUGCACGCAGUCGCGUACCCACAGAUCAGCAGUUUGCAGCUGCUGGCGUGAAGGUUAUCCGCGCGCCGAAGGGCUUCAGCAGAGAGAAGGAGAAUAAGACACACAACUCAAAGAAUAAAAAUAUCAUAUGGACCGUGGAAUGGAUUCGCGACGACAAGACCCACAUCCUCACUGAAGGCAGCUCGCUGGCCUCAAUCAUUGAGCUACAGCCUUUCUUUAAAGUCAGCAAGAAGAGGAAGCGAGGCGCCGAGGAAUCUCGCGGCACCAACUCUGCAGCUCCCCAAGAUGCUCCGCCGGAUGAGGUCGGAGAACGAGAAGUCGAAGCAAAGGAUGAGAAGCCGGAGUCUUCGUCUCUUAGACGAACAGAACUUGGAACUGAGACCGCUGGUACGAAGACAAGCUCAAGAAGAAACAACGACAACGAUGCCAAAGUGGCAGGCAGUCCUCAUACAAGCCCUCCUAUCGAUCAGCCAGACUCCAAAUCCCUUUCUCCUGAGUACCAUUUCUACCUCCUAAAGCCACGCACCAGCUCCAGCCGCCACGUGCUGAUCCCGGUCUCCCCAACAGCCACUCUCGGAGCAUGUCUGCGCAGCCGCACCGUCCUGGAGUUUCCCACAAUCUACGGCUUCCCUGCCACCACAUCACCGCCAUCGGAACAGUUCGUGCUAGAGGAAGCGUACCUCAAGCAAGAGGACGAAGAGCAAAAAGAAUUCGACGAACUCCUCAUGACGGCAAGGCCCGAGACACUCCGCGCGUUGAAACAAGAAGCCGGCGACGACAACGCAAGCGGCGAGAUCGACAGCAGCAAGAUACUCGACGUGCUGAAGCAGGAUAUUGGGGCCGGGGUGUAA